AGGAAACCUUGGUGAGUGAGAAGACUUGAAGGUGAAGAAGCUGAGAUGAUUCCACAGGAACCUGAUUUGAUCCAUCUCUGUCAGAAAUAACCUUCAGAGGUGCAUGAUGGGAUUGAGUCAAGCGUCCAACGUCACUCCAGACAUCGCCUCAGUGGCGAAUAACAAUCCCAACACCUCUGGCACCGCCUCAUCUCUCAAUCCAUCGUCCUGCAGCAUCGACGAAUCCUACAAGUACGUCUUCCUGCCCGUCUGCUACUCGCUGACCUUCCUCUUCAGCCUCACCCUCAACUCUGUAGUGCUGCUACGCUCCUGUCGCCUCCGCGGUGGAUGCUGCGCCGGCGGCGGCGGCAGCAGCAGCAGCGGUGGGCGACGCUGGAACACCUCACUGAUCUACAUGGUGAACCUUGCUACCACGGACCUGAUGUACGGCCUGUCACUGCCCUUUCUGGUGGCGAGCUACGUGCUGAGGGACAGCUGGGUGUUUGGUGACUUCAUGUGCCGCCUCGUACGCUUCCUCUUCUACUUCAACCUCUACUGCUCCAUCUUCUUCCUCACCUGCAUCUCUGUGCACAGGUACCUGGGCAUCUGUCAUCCGAUGAGGACCAUCACUCUGGAGAGCAAGCGGGUGGUGAAGGGAACCUGUGCGCUGGUGUGGGUGGUGGUUUUCAUCCUCACCUGCCCCAUCUUCAGGUUUGCCCAGACGGGAUACAUCAGGCGAGGAGGCAGCACAGUAGCUGGGCCUGGAGGAUCAUGGGACGGUGGGAACAGGACUGAGGAUCAGUACGAUGAGGGGUACGUGAACUGCUGGGACGACGCCAUUGACAAAGAAUUUGCAGACUACGUCCCCUAUGGAAUCGUCCUUCACCUAUUAGGCUUCUUUGUGCCCUUCGUCAUCAUCGCCUGGUGCUACUCUCAGGUGGUCAGGACGAUAUUUCAGACCCUGCGAUCUCCUCCCAGCUCGGUGGAGGGCGGUGAAGACUGUCAGGUUGGAGACGGGGCAGCAGAGGGAGUUCGAGAGCGGGAAAGAACCUCAGUCUCCAUCUCUGGCUCGCAGUACUCCCACUACAUACGGCGGCGGCGGAAAUCCAUCAAAACCAUUCUAACCAUUACGUUGCUGUUUGCUCUCUGCUUCCUGCCCUUCCAUGUGACCCGCACGCUCUUCCUGCUUCUGCGGCGGGGGCAGCUCGGCGGCUGCUACGCUAUGAAGACCGUCUCAAUCUGCUACAAGGUCACCCGGCCACUCGCCUCCUGUAAUGCCUGGCUCAAUGCCCUCCUCUACUUCCUGACAGGGGAUAAAGGCGCCCCCUGCUGCUGGCCGGCAGAACACACCGUUCGCAGAGACCGCCAGAACGGCUCCCUCUGGUGGCCACUGAAACUACUAAAAAAGGAGGGGCCGGGAGAGGAUGACCAGGAGGCAGCAGAGCAGGUUGAAAGGGAGGCGCACAUGGAAAACGAGUCCAAGUCUUCAAGGGUCGUCUUCUAACAAAGUUUAGAGCUGCUGGAGGAUGUUUGAAACUUUUUGAGACGUUUGAUCACCUGAAGAAAACGUCGCGGAGUGAAUCAAUAAAAACACUUGACUGUUCAAUAACAUUGAGUCCUCACAGUUCUCACAGGGAACAUGUCCCGAGACCCGUUCAGGGACAGAGUUUAUUUAAAUUAACUGACCUCAAAUGAUUAUUCCAUGACUCACAUGAAGAUUCUUAUCGUGACUCAGUCAUUUAUAUCUUCACUUCAUGUCCACAGAAUCUUACAUUUCCUGAUGUUUACAGCUUUUCCUUCAUUUACACCCAGAACUGUCAGUAGCUGGAUAUAUUGUGCUUUCGUUUUAUAUUUGUCCUGAGUCCAUGCUUCACUGAUGCUCAGCAGCUUUUAAAUAAACACCGUUCACACUGAUGAAGAAGACUAUACUGAAGCUCAACAUCUUCAACACACGAGCAAAUUCAAGAAACACUUGAGUUUGUGUUUCCAGGGACAUAAACCAGAAAAAACAUUUAUUCAUUUUACAACAAAACAAAAGUGAAAGUUUACAGGUUAGAACCAGAUUAACUCACUAAUCCUCAGUUUCCAUAAUCGUCUCUUUAGCGAUUCAACAAUAAUUCACAUGAAAUUGUUUCUCUGGAGAAUCACAGUCAUUGGCCAGAGGUGACCUUUGACCCUGUGACCAUGAGGAUUAGCGAGCUGCUGAUUUAGUUCUUUUUAUGUCUCAGUAGUUAAAACAAACCUUCACUGAAUGUUUCCUGUAAUAAUUAUGUGAUUCUUACGUUUGAACGUGACGUGAAGCGGCGGCCAUGUUUCUGAGCUGCUGCUGUCUGAACAGAUCUUCUCUCUGCGUGACGGACGCUCAGGUCAGUCUGUGAUGUCACACAACAUUUCUUCAACCCGUGUUUUGAGGUUUUUGUGGUGAAACAUCUGGAUUUGAGUCUGAUGACAUCAGCUCCGUGUCCUCGGCCUCGUUCAUGGUUAACGUGUGGAUCCGUCUCAAAUGAUUUAUCGGCUCACACAUCCGCUGCUUCUCUGACUCUGCAGAUCAGACUUCAUCUCAGAAUGUUUCAGUCAAUAUCAACAAAGGUUUUACACCGAUUCUGAAAUGAUCUGUCUUUAUUUAUUUAUCAUUUAACGGUUUGUUAUGCACAUGACUUUAUUUAACCUUUAAAUAUUUCACAGUGAUAAUGGCACAAUAUAUAGAGUUGUUCAUGAGUGUUUCUUUGGCACCACUUUCUUAUCAGGCUCCAUCCAUGAAGGUCUAUGGGCUGUAAU